CAAGACGUAAAAAGCAUCGGGAUAAACCCCAUACCAACAGAAUCACCGCAUCAUCUACCAAUCGAGCAGAGUCCUCGAGAAAAUCAGCAGCAGUAGCAGCAGCACAGGAAGCGGCAAAUCGCAACAACUGAAGAAUGGAGCGACGUGGCCGCAUUCCGGUGGCCAAGUUCCGCACCCAGGAGGCCAAGACCCGCAGCCGGAGUCGCGUACGGGAGCCGGACUACAACGAGCAGGACCCGGAGCACGACAUGUUCACCUUACUGGAGGACAACAUCGCCCUGAGGGAAGAGAACAAGGCUCUCAAGCUGGAGAUCGAAACACAUAAAACCACGCAGGAGGAGCAGCAGGCUCAGCACGAGAAGAUGUGCGUGGCGCUGGAGUCGCUGCAGCAGCAACAGACCAAUUUCGAGACCCAAAUCAAGGAGCUGAGCUCAAAGUUCAACAAGGCUCUCAAUGAGCGAAACGCUUUGGACAAGUUGCACAAAAUGAAAGUCGAUCAGAUAAACAGCCUCACCAGCGAACUGGAGCACAUGCGCGAGAAGCAACAGGAUCAGAGCGCUCAGUUGAGUCCCCGUCCCGUCUUCGGAUCCGUGGAGCUCAAGCGAAAGCUUUUCAAGAUUCUGCAGUCGGGCAGCGCAGACAGCGCCGACAGUAUCGGCACUCAAGAGCUCGACAGCCUGGUCGAUGUCAACUCGGACGGGGUGCCCGUUACCAGCGGCCUUGUGGAGCGACUGGCCGAUGAGUUCCUGACUCUCAAGCAUGCCACGAAUGCCGUGGAGCUCCAGCUGUACGAGGCCAACGAAAAGAUGGCCGAACUAUUGGAACAGCAACACUCACUGGAGGAGGAGAACGAAUCGCUGCGCACCGAGAACAGCAACUUGACGAAAGUGGCCAAGUUGCUCACGGAGAACAUGAAGGAGAGUGUGGAAACUAGCCAGAAGAUGGAGGCCGCUCUGAUCAAGUUGAAGCAGCGCAAUGAUGAACUCACGGCGAAGACACGUGAUCUGACCGAUGGUCAGCCGGGUUCCAGGACGAGCACCUCGUCCAGCGUGCUGAACGAGCAGGUGGAAUUCGAGGAGAUCCAGGACCAGGUGCAACAGCAGGCCAGGGAGCACAACGAGCGCAUUGUGGAAAUGCAAAGUCUAAUGGAUGCGGCUAUAGCCAAAACUACUAACGAUGAACUAAAAAAAUUACAACUUAAGUUGGAGAUACUCGAGGAGCAGCUGCGCGAGGCAUUAACGCGAGCUGAUCACGCCGAGGAGCAACUGGCGCGCUACCAGCAGUCCGAGCAAAAGUCGCUGGCUGCUCCAGCUCCACCACCACCACCUCCUCCUCCUCCUCCGCCACCGCCUCCACCACCGGCACCACCCAUGCGGGGUAAGCUGUUUGGAGCCGGUGGCUUGGGAGCAGCUGGCGGGGAUCUCGGCGGGAGCAGCCUCAGCGACCACAUUGCCGGGCAUUGCUUGCGUAAGGGCAGCGGCGACAAGAUCAUCGACAAUGUGAAACAUCAGGUACAGGCCGAGGCAGCAACAGGUCUUGACGCUUUAGUGCGAGAGUUCAAGUCGGGCGGCGUGACGCUACGGAGGCGCAAUCGCCGCAAGACGGGCACCAGCGAGGCCCUCAAGGAGAUGUUCCAAGUACUAGAGAUAAGUCAGAAGCAGAACCGCAACUCCAAGAUAUGCGUGGACCUGCACUCGGCCCGCGGAGUCGAUGUCUAAUCCCGUUCCUGCCAUUUUUUUACGCACCCACUCUCUUACACUUUGGUCUCAAAUCUCAGGACCCAGCUGUCCCUGGAACAACGAACAUUCCGUGCAUUUUCAAAACCGUAUUAUUGUGUGCCUUUUCAAGGAGGAAACCGAAGCCAUUUUACAAUUUACUAAGCUUAAGCACAACUUUCGAAAUGGAACUACUUCAUACUACUUUAAUUUAUAUAACCUAUUGAUUUACCCAACAAUUUUAAUGUUUAUAACCAACUUUUACCCGGCCCUGGUUAAUGUGUUCAUUUAAACAGGUUUCGCGUUUUACUAAUCAAAGAAACCCCAAACAACAAAUUUUUAAUAAACGUUUUUAACCAAAAAAAAAA